GCUGCCAAUUGGCUAAUGGGAAUGUCAAUCAGGCGCCCCCGGCUGUGAGCAGGAGCUGCAGAACGAGCGGGUAUUUGUUCAACGGACGCUGAGCUCCAGCUCCUGCCGGCAGUAGCGGCAGGCCCGACAUGUUGCUGUAGUCUCUGGACGGGUAGUCAAAAGAACUGUCAUGAAGGCAGCUCAAGGUCAUGUGACCUGUCCAUUCGGAUGAAACUAGGAGAGACACCAUGUCAUCAUGUGUCUCAAGCAGAUCUGCUGCUAAGAGCCCUAUUAGCAAAGAUGAACAAUGUGGUAACGGCAUCGAUCAGCCAGAUAUUAGUAGUGGUCUGUCGUCCCUAAACAUUGACAUAGGCAUGGAGUCUUUCAUUAUUGUGACUGAAUGUGAUCAGAACAUCACUGGCAGUGAGCUAGGACAAAACGGAGAAGAAAUGCUGGAAGAUGAACCUAUGCAAGAGAGCAAUGAAGAGAUCAGAUCAUGUCCUGAUAAGGCUUCAGGACGAUUAGAAAGAGCUCAAUCAGAAGAUGUCCGAGUACCUAGAGUCAGGUUAAAUAUGUCCAACCGGAAGCUAUCUCUUCAAGAAAGAUCUAAUUUAACUCAGUCAUCAGGAAGCUGCUCAACCAUUAACGGACGUUAUAUUUAUCCUUCUUUACCAUAUUCUCCAAUUACGUCACCACAUUCUUCUCCACGAUUGCCUCGUCGGCCAACGGUUGAGUCUCACAGAGUGUCAAUUACAGACCUGCAGGAUUGUGUGCAGUUAAACCAGUACAAGUUAAAAGAUGAAAUUGGAAAGGGUUCCUAUGGAGUUGUCAAACUGGCAUAUAAUGAAGAUGAUAACACCUACUAUGCAAUGAAAGUCCUUUCUAAAAAGAAGUUAAUAAAACAAGCUGGAUUUCCCCGUCGUCCUCCACCUAGAGGUGCCAAAGCAGUUCCACAAACCUCAGUGCAGCCUAAAGGACCUUUGGAUUGUGUGUACCAAGAAAUUGCUAUCCUGAAAAAGUUGGAUCAUCCAAAUGUGGUUAAACUAAUUGAAGUGCUUGAUGACCCCAGUGAGGACCAUUUGUAUAUGGUUUUUGAAUUAGUGAAACAAGGCCCUGUAAUGGAAGUUCCUACUGAUAAACCCUUGACAGAAGAACAAGCACGAUUCUACUUUCAGGAUUUGACCAUGGGAAUUGAAUUUUUGCACUAUCAAAAGAUCAUUCAUCGUGACAUUAAACCUUCCAAUCUUUUGGUUGGAGAAGAUGGACGCAUCAAAAUUGCUGACUUUGGGGUUAGCAAUCAGUUUGAAGGAACUGACGCUCUUCUCACCAGCAGUGUGGGCACUCCUGCAUUUAUGGCCCCAGAGACCAUUUUAGAAUCCAGGAGGAAUUUUCAUGGCAAGGCUUUGGAUGUUUGGGCGAUGGGUGUCACAUUAUACUGCUUUGUUGUGGGGCAAUGCCCCUUUAUGGAUGAUCAGAUAUUAAGUCUGCAUAACAAAAUUAAGAACCACCCAGUGGAAUUUCCUGAGCAGCCAGAACUCUCUGAAGAGGUGAAGGAUCUCAUUUUUAAAAUGUUGGAUAAAAACCCAGAAACCAGAAUUACAGUUUCACAAAUCAAGUUGCAUCCAUGGGUAACGCGACAUGGUGCUGAAGCACUUCCUACAGAGGAUGAGAAUUGUAUUCUUGUUGAAGUAACUGAAGAGGAGGUUGAGAAUUCUGUCAAACAUAUUCCAAGCCUAGCAACAGUGAUUCUUGUUAAAACAAUGUUACGAAAACGUUCGUUUGGGAACCCUUUCGAGGGAAGUAGAAGAGAGGAGCGACCUUUGUCUGCAUCAGGAAACAUUCUUGUAAAACAAAGUAGUGGAGAUAGUAUGAAGACCUCUGAACUACCAGAAGUUGGAGAGGAUGAAGUUCUGCCAUGAGGUUGUAUGCAAUAAAGGACAUAUGCAUAUUUCUUUGGGUUCCCAAAAAGAUUAUCAGCUGCUGGACAUUGGCAGAUGUGUCAGAAACCAAAUGAAUGCAUCAGUAUGAUAUUUUGUAAGUUACCAGCUGCAUAAUCAACUCACAAUAAGUUUAACAUAUUUUGUGGUUUUGCAUGGAAAUUCUUUGAAACAUAAUUGCCUGAAAUACUGAUGUAUUCAUUUUAAGCAUGGAGAUAGUUGAUGUAUGUGCAGAUGGUUGAUUGGUCUUAACAUUUUAAAUCUUAAUACAGAAUGUUUUCAAAAAGUAAACCGUUUUAUAUUUGUGGUGCAUGUUUCUAAAAGGUAUAUGGGGCCCAGAAUUUCACCUUAAAAAGAGAAAAAUGUAGAUACUUGAAAAGUGAUUUUUCACAUCAUGAUAUCAAUGAGGAUGCACAUUGCAAAAUGUUUACAAUAUUCGCUUAAUGUAAAGGCCUGCUUUUAUUUUUAAGUAGCUUUUACAAUCUAUUAUGUCAGUUAAACAAUUACAAUAUCAAGAAUAAUGCACAUUAUUGAUAGUUUAAUUUUGUAGUAUUAUGUAUUAGUCUAUAAGGGGUUUACUAAACAUUAUUUUGCUUAAUAAAAUGUAUCUGUAGUGAAGACAUUUUAAUAUGUUUUAUUCCUUAUCAUCAUCUAAAUUUCCUCCAUGGAAAUGCUGCAUCCAUGGCAGUUGCUAGUUACUUAUGAAGUUAUUCAUUUUUUAUAGUGUGGUUGAUUAAGCAUAUUUAUUGAUGUAACAAGCAUGUACCAUUUAUUGUUUCACCUAUGCUUUAAAAAGCAGAUAAGGUUAUAAAGCUGGCUGUAAAAAUUGCCUCUCUUUAUGUGUAUGUUUCCCUUGUGCAUUUCAAUGACCAAACCUUCCCCUUUUUUCAGAGAAGCUAUAAUCAUUGAAAGUAAACAAAUGCAAAAACAAAGUGCUAUGGUUUCUUAAUACGUUUUUUUCCAGAGGGCAGGUACCGGUUCUAUUAUGCGCAAUGUGCAUUAAUUGAUCAAUGAAAUGCAUGGGACGGAUGCUUUAUCCUUGUUGUCAAUUUCCCAAUAUGUGAAUUCUAUUCAAAAUGUUGUAGUGGACUACAGACCUUUUCAUAAUACAGAAUAAUAGAUUAAAUGUUGUAAGCUUUUGUAAAUGCACUGGGAGAAUGAUGCUUCCUUGUAGAUGGUCAUCUGAAUUUGAUGCAGUGUGCAUUAUAUUUAAGUAGAAACUUUCAAUUUAUUAUCAUAUCAAAGAAUGAUGAAUAGUGAGUGUAAUGUAGAGAAACCUUUUAUCUAUGUAACCACUUAAAAUGUAAGUUUGGGUGAAACCUAUCCACUGCUCCUUUAAGAUGCUGUUUAAAACCUACCUCUUUUAGCUACUUAUCCUAAUACAUCCUCAUUUGCCUGACUGUUAGUUUGUGUCCAAUUACCUUGAGGCAUUUAAUUGUGUUAGAGUCACUGUAAGUGCAAGUUGUUAAUGAUGAAAUAUCUUUUAACAUUUUGAAAACAAAGGACACAGUGGCCUUCUAUCCUUUUGUGAUAUUGACAGUUUUUCAGUGUUCAACUAAAAGUUACAGUUAUGAUAUUGCUGCAAUAUUUCUGGUGUAUUGCCAAAUAUAACUUGUAUAUUUACUAAAACUGAUAUGUAUGCUUAUGUUUUAUACAGAUGGCCAAAUAUUACCUGCAUUGUAUUUAUGAAAACAAUUAUAUUUACUAUCAGUGGUAUUCUUGCAUACUUGGAUGUUCCCAACUUUAAAACUUUGCUCUGGCUAUCUCUUCGUGAACUUAUAUUUGAUAUUUCAUUCUCAAAAGCUUUGAAUUUCUAUGUAUAGAUCAAACGUAAUCAAAUUAAUUUAAACUUUACCUAAUGUCUUGAAAUACUGAUGUUAUUUUUGGAGCUGGAAGCACUAUAAUUUAGAUUUAAUUUUAAGUUGCAUAAUGAAAUAUGUGUGGAAAACGCUAAAUUUUGUGAUGGACUGUAGAUAUCAGUGAAUGUUUAAUGUUGGUCAGUAAUUUGUCUUCAAUUUUAUUAAUUAAAUGCAUUUAUAGAAGUAAGAAAAUUGUAAUAGUUAUUUACACUUAAUAAAUGUAUUCAUUGUUGAAAGCAUC